AAUAAUAAGUUUUUUUCAUUCCCCUCUCCUCUUUUCUUCUUUCUUUCUAGAUUUUUGUAUAAACAAUAAUAAUGAAUACAACUGCAAUUAAACAAACGCCUAGUUUGUCAUUAAAUAAAUCAAUAUAUGAUCCAUGGUCAGAUGAAGUCAUGGCUGUAUGGGUUCCUAUUGUUGUCUAUUGGGUUCAAUGUUCUAUUUUCGAAAUCCUUAUGAGACUUGAAAUUCCCUUUUUUGAAAAAUAUCGUAUUCAUACCCCCGAGGAAAGAAAUAGUCGCAAUAAGGCUUCAUUUAGUAAGGUUCUUAUCAUGGUAGCUCUUCAACAUAUUGUUCAAUUUGUUUUGGGUCUUGCUGUUAUUAAGGGUAUUGACCCUGCUGUUGAACAAUUAAAGCAUGAUCAAGCUGUGAAUCGUUAUAGUACAAUUUUUUUGAAUGUCUUGUCUCAUUUUGGCCAACUACAAGACAUUACAAUUAUCGCCAAUCGUAUCGCUAUCUUUAUUCAAGAUUAUCUUAGACCUGCUUUACAAUUCUUUAUUGGAAUGGUUAUUGUUGACACACAUCAAUAUCUUCUUCAUCGUUUAGCUCACACUUACACACUUUUAUAUAAAUACAUGCACUCACAUCAUCAUCGUCUUUAUGUUCCUUAUGCCUUUGGUGCUCUUUAUAAUCACCCGUUAGAAGGAUUUUUAUUGGAUUCAUGUGGUGCUGCUCUCGCUUAUGAAUUGACUGGCAUGUCACCUCGACUUUCUAUGUGGUUCUUUAUUUUCUCAACUCUCAAGACAAUUAAUGAUCAUUGUGGAUAUUCUUUCCCCUGGGAUCCACUCACUGUUUGCUUUGGAAAUAAUGUCAACUAUCAUAAUAUCCAUCAUCAAGCUUAUGGUAUUAAAACUAACUUCGCUCAACCUUUCUUUACUUUCUGGGAUACAUUUUUACAUACAGAAUAUAGUCAAGUCAUGAAGGCAAAGGCUGAGGCAAAGAUGGCCAAGAAAUCUAAUUAGUUAAUAGAAAGAGAGAAGGAAGAAGAGUUUCUUCUGUUUUUUUGUUUUUUUUUUUGGUUCUUCAUCUAUUUGUUUAUUACUGCUAUAUUAUGUAUUGUAUUGUAUUUUGUUUUAGUUUAAUGCAUCUUUCUUUUAUCCAUUUAUAAUUUAAUUAUACGUUUACUAAUUAUGAGAAAUAGCCGCUGCAAUUGUCUUGUAAAAUUGUUUAAACGAUUCAUCCAAUAAAAUUCGUUCUUUUACAAAAGGUCUUUUAAAUACAAUCGAUUUUUGCCGGUUCAAUAAAAAAAA